AUGACGAUCAGCAAAAAACCUACAAAUCACUCUACUAUAAACAUAAGUCGUUUAACAGUAAUGCAUCAAUUUAGUUUAUACACAUUGACAAUUUUUACAAUUUUGAUUCUAAGAUAUGCAAAUUCUGGACCAUUUUUGCCAUUAUCAUGCCAAUUGUUUGGAUCAAAAUGUCCUAUUAAUCCAAACAUUAAUGGAUUUGUUAAACCAGAAUUUAAUGGUGUCAAAGAAGUCUUUAAACAAAAUUUUAUUAACGGUGAUGAUAUUGGUGCACAAGUUACUGUUUAUUAUGAUAACGAAGUCGUAGUUGAUUUACAAGGCGGGUUUGCAGAUUUAAGUACUGGACGUACUUAUAAUGAAGAUACUUUACAACUGGUAUUCUCCAGUACCAAAGUUUUGACUGGAAUUGUAAUUUCUAGACUUGUAGAACAAGGAUUAUUAGAUUAUAAUGAAAAGGUUUCCAAAUAUUGGCCAGGAUUUGCACAAAAUAAUAAAGAGAAUGUGACAUUACUAGAAUUGGUAACACAUAAAGCUGGAGUAGGAUAUAUUGAUUCACAUCAAAUCAGUAAUAGAGAUUUACAUGAUCUUGAUAAAUUAUCUGAAAUUUUGGCCAACCAACCUCACAAUUUCGAUGGUAAACCAACCAAAGCUUAUCAUGGAGUUAGUCGUGGAUGGUAUUUAAAUGAAAUAGUUCGUCGAGUAGAUCCAAGACAUCGUACAAUUGGACGUAUAGUUAAAGAAGAGAUAAUGCCUGUUUAUAAUUUAGAAUUUUAUUAUUCCAUAUUUGACAUUAACAACAAUGAUGAUAAUGAUAAAUUGAAAUCUGUUUACGAAACAAGAGUCUCCAAUAUCUACACCUACCCAUUAUUACGUCUUUUUAGUAAAAUACUGUUACCUCAAUGGAUGAUAAAGGAACCUUUACACAAGAUAUUUAAUGAAAUGAUGAACAGUGAUAGUACUGCUUUUAAAACAUUGGUCAUGACUUCACCUGAUAAAUCUCAACCACAAGAAUGGAAUAAUUUGGAAAUGUUGAAACCCGAAGGCCCAAGUUAUAAUGGAAUCACCAAUUCCAGAUCAAUGGCAAAAUUAGGUGCUAUGAUGGCAAACGGUGGUAAAUCGUUACCAAUCAAAAACAAAAACAAUAAUAAAAGUAAAUUUUUAUUAAAAGAACCUGAUUUAAUGUCAUCAGAAACUUUUAAACUUAUAACAAAAAAAUUAGCACCAGAAUUUGACAAUGUAUUGCAAGAAGCCUUCCCAACAUCAAUUGGUGGAUUUGGAUAUUUUAAAUUGGAAGGAUUAGAGGAUGUUGAAUUAGUUGGAUGGGGUGGAUCAGGCGGAAGCAUGUUUUUAUGGAAUGAAGAGCUGAAAAUUAGUUUUGCUUAUUGUAUGAACGCCUUCCAUACUGCUUUAUUAGGUGAUAAAAGAAGUUUAAAAAUGAUUAAAGAGGUUGUUGAUACUCCACCAACACCCCGAGAUGUAAAACAGCCUCAUAUCAUCACCGACCCGUCCCCAAACUUCACUGUAGGCUUAAUGGUUCCUCUGGACGUCUUCGAUAAUAUAUUUAUAAACGUGUUGGAAAAUGAUGGAACUACAUCUUGUUUAGCUGCUGCUAUAACAUGUGCUUCGGUAGCUUUGGCGGAUGCAGGGAUUGAAAUGUUGGAUUUGGUUGCUGCUUGUUCUGCAUCAUUUAUUGGAGGACGGAUUUUUAUAGAUAGUAAUCUGAUGGAAGAACAACAUGAAACAGGUUCUUUGAUAUUAUCAUAUAUGCCAUCAUUAAAUGAGGUAACACACAUUCUACAAUCAGGUGAAGUGGAUUUUACACUUACAACACAAGCUAUUGAACAAUGUACUGAUGCAUGCAACAAUAUCUAUUCAGUGAUGAAUAAUAGUCUUAUGGAAUCUGCAUGGGAAUGGGCAUGGGCACCAGGAAAUGUUGGCACCAUACCAGGUACUAGUGCCACUGCCAAAGUGCUGCCAUUUUUUAUUUAUUUUGCUCCAAUUCUUCUGCCCGUGCCUCAACAUUUUAGGCAUGUCUGCUGA